AUGGUUAAUAUAAGUAGCAAAAAAGCAUACAGGACUAAGAGGAAGGUCAGGGAGGCAAUCCAAGGUUCUGCUAUGGAGCAAUAUGAACAACUGUGGGAUUAUGCUGCCACGAGCUUUCUUGCAGGUUGUAGAUCAAUCAUUGGCCUAGAUGGCUGCUUUUUGAAGGGUCCCUUUGGAGGUCAACUGUUAGCAGCACUUGGAAGGGAUGGGAAUGACAAUAUGUUUCCCAUAGCCAUUGCCAUUGAGCUGAUUACUCAUAUUGGAAGGGGCAACGUAGGGCCUUAUAUCUUCAUUUCUGACAAGCAAAAAGGCCUAGUACAUGCUAUAGAGGAGCUAUUUCUUGGUGUAGAACACAGAUUUUGCCUUAAGCAUCUGCUUGAGAAUUUUAAGGUAAAGUUCAAAGACAGUGAACUGAGGGAAUUGUUUUGGGCUACUGUAUCAACAACUAUUAUUGAUGAUUUCAAGAGAGCAUUGAAUGCUUUGGAGAUAGCUCAGCUACAAAAUGGAGAGAACCUUACUAUUGCUGCUUGGUUAAAAAGGCUGCCAUAUCACUUGUGGUCUAGAGCACAUUAUGGAAUAGCUGUUAAGACUGAUAUUUCAGUCAACAACCUGAAUGAGAGUUUCAACAACUACAUUUUAAAAGCAAGAGACGAGCCAAUUGUGACUCUUUUUGAAAUUUUCAGAAGAAAGGUAAUGCAACGAUUGACAUUGAAGAGACAAGGCAUGGAGAAAUAUGGAGGCAAAUUUUGUCCAAACAUUGUUGAGAAACUAGCCAAAAGUGUACAGAAGAGCAGGCAUUGUAUUGUUGUAUUUGAUGGUAUUGACUCCUUUGAGGUUGAUGGUUUCAACAGAACCUCUGUUGUGAAUUUGCAACAUAGAAGCUGUUCAUGUGGUGCAUUCCAAUUGACUGGAAUUUCAUGUGUGCAUGCAAUUUUUGCCACUCAAAGCAUGCGGAUGAAGGUUGAAAACUAUGUCGAUGAGUUCUAUAGUAAAGAGGCAUACUUGAGGGCAUAUGUUUAUAGCAUUGGAGCUGUUCCAUCCAAAGAACACUGGAUUGAUAGUGGAAUGCAGCAAUUAAAUCCACCAUUUGUGAAGAAAAAACCUGGGAGACCUAAAAAACUUAGGAGAAGAGGUCCUGAUGAACCGAGAGAUCCACAAAGAGCUUCCAAAAAGGCGUUGACAAUAUACUGUAAGAGAUGUUUAAAAGCUGGCCAUAAUAGGAGAACUUGA